CGCCUCUUCUCUCUCUCUCUCUCAUUCUGUGUUCUCCCUGCCUCUCGCGCCCACACGUGCUGCUGCUGCUGCUGACGGGUCGUGCUCGUCGUCGUGCUGCUUGCUGGUGGUGGGUGGUGUUUAUGUCGCCGCCGACGCUACCGCUACUGUCGGACGCAAUGUCGCAUCCGGAGAAACGGACUGCGGGAAGGUUCUAGGAUCUAGGGGAGAGGCGUCGAGCGCUGGCAACGCGUGCGCUCCCGAGCUAAAUAGCAGCAGCAGCGUUGAUUGUUAGCGGGGUGGGAGCAGGCGGGGAGGUCUGCAUGCAUGGUCGGGGUUGCCUGCCCUUGCUAUCCGACGAGCGUGCGUGGGGGUGGCGGUGUUUUGCCGAGGUGGUGGUGGGGACCACCCAAAUUGUCGUCGGUUCGGAGGCAACCGAACCCGCCUCCGAAACACAUCUUGUUGUUAUCGGGCUUGAUCUCGCAUCAGCUCGGGACGACUCUCAACCGGCGACACUUUCCACCUUGCCGUCUCUUCUCUGGCCGGGAUCGUCUCCAUCGCCUCGUCCGCUUCUCCGCAGCUGCCUCGAAACGGCCUCCUCCGUCUCCACCUCCUCAUCCUCCCUACCCGGGCCCCUCAAUAACCCGGCGGGUGUCGACUCCCCACCAUGCCCCCAAGCCCUGCCUGCCCGACCCUGCCUGGACCCGGCAGCAGUGGCGGCACUCAGGACCCCCAUGGGCCAGACCCCCAACAUCACCUCCACCACCAUCACCAUCUUCACAGCCAUCACCUCCACGCCACCGGGACCGUGCUGCCCAGUGGCACCCGGGUGGAGACGAGUAGCCUGGCCUGGGUCCGGGAGCAGCGCUCCAGGGCUCGGCUCAUGCUCAUCCUUGGAGUGGCUCAGAUGGUCCUCGGGGCCCUCAUUGUUACCGUGAGCUUCGCUGCCCUGGCCCUCACCAGCUCGGCCCGGAUCCGCCACUCGUGCCCUUUCUGGGCUGGCUUCUCGGUGCUGCUGUCUGGUCUCAUAGGAGUCAUAUCAUGGAAGCGGCCAAUCUCUCUCGUGGUGACGUUCUUCACGCUGCUGUCCGGCGUGUGCGUCAUGCUCAACCUGGCGGGCUCCAUCCUGUCGUGCCAGAACGCGCAGCUCGUCAAUUCGCUCACGCACUGCCAGCUGGUAAAGCCGGGAGACGAUGGCGUGUGCGUUUGCUGCGAGCGGCAGCAGACCGGCGGCUGCACCAACCUGGGCGAGACGGUGCGCCUCAACCCCCUGCAGGACUGCAGCACCAUCCGCCUGGCUCUCAAGGAUCUCCUGUUCAGCGUGUGCGCCCUCACCAUCCUGGCCACCAUCGUGUGUGCUCUGGCGACCGCCAUGCGCUGCGUGCAGAUCAUCACCGCCGACGUCAUACACAUGUUUGUACCACAGCGGUCUUCACACGUCCAGCAUGACUGCUUGAACACCCACAACUCGUUGGUGCACCAGACGGUGGACUUUGAGGAGUUUGUGCCACCCAUCCCUCCUCCGCCUUACUACCCUCCCGAGUACACCUACACGCCCGUGAUGGACGCGAAUCGAACGUCGCGGCUGCACCUGAUCCACUGUCCCUAUGACAUCUGCGUGCCACGGGUCGGGUGCGAGGCCGUGUAUCCCGGGGAGCUGCCACCCCCAUACGAGGCCGUCGUCGCCCAGACCCGUACCACCCAGCCGGAUGUGAUCCAUCAAGCGGCCGUUCUCACGCAAGGCCUGGAGCCGGGCACGGGGGAGCCGGGCACCCAGGCGCGCAGAUUCUCCAGCGACGGCAAUGCGGUUGGCAACGUUGCGGAGAGGCGGCUGUCGGAAGACUCGAGCACGCUCAGCGGCCGAGCCCCCGUCCGCUCGCGAGACGUCCCGAUGUAUGGUGCGCUGCACGGCACGGCGCCGGAUACCAUCGCGUCCAGCCUUGAGGACACCGGCGGGGGCGGGGGUGGGGGUGGCGGCGGCGGCGGCGGUGGAGGCCCCUCUGAGCCGGCACGGCAGAGGCCUCAUGGGCGCGGCCGACCUCAGAGCCAGGAGAGCGGCCUGGCCCUGGCUCGCCACGCCACUGGCAGGCACUUUGGAUCCCGGCGUAGCCAGGCCCGCAGGGCGGCCAUCAGUCACCACGUGGAGGUGAUCUCCAUCUCGCAGCCGGUGCAGGAAGGGAAACACGCCGGCAAAACGGACGCGGUGGACGACGCUCAGAACUGGAGGCCCACCAAACGCCACAGCGGGCUCAUAGGGCAGAGCGUAAGCGUCGGGACCGCCGAGCAAACCCGGGACGUCGAGGGCGGCGGUGGCGUGCGUCAGGUUGCCACCGCGGCUCAGACUCACAGCGUCGAGGGCGACGUUCAAGCGCGCCAAACCCCCAACGGGACGUCGCACGGUGAGGGCGAGAGGCGUACUGCAUCCAGUGAAGCCAAUGUCGUCGGCACGGAGCACGAGACGCGGGACGUUACAUUUGUGGAGGAAGUGGUGGACGGUACGGACGCGAGACAGCGGCAGUGCUGCGUUGCGGAAGGGCAAACCCUGAACGCCGCGGCCGACGAGCACGACGACGACGUGGAUUUUCCCGGACGGAACUUCAGCCUCGGGGGCCCGUGCCCCGCGGGGCAGGGGAGACAGGCCCUCGCCGUGGACGUUGGCGUCGUGGAGCGAGCGGCGCGCGUCGAGGGUGGCGGGGGCCCGUGCCGCGAUGCUUCGGUGUCGGUGGAGGUGCACGCGAGAGGGAGACACGGCGGAGGAGGUGGAGCAGGAGGAGGAUGCGCCGUCGCCGGCGGCGUCGCGCCGUCUCGGCCCGCCGUCCCGCGGCCGAGCUCGCCGGACGGCAGCCCCCCGAGCGGCGGCGGCGGCGGCGGCGCGGACGCGCGGAAGGGCGCGGCGGCGCCGGCGCAGCGCAGCAAGCGGGCCACGGCGCGCGGCGAGCGCGGUCGCGCCAAGCGGCGGAGACGGAGCGGCGGUGGAGCGCGGCCGACGUCCAGGAACGCCGAGUCCCAGCCCGACUCCGACAGAGGUGGCCAGUUGAGCUCCGGCUCGCUAUCCCCUAACGUGGACGUAGAAGAGGGACUCUGCUGUGACGUGCUUGAUGACAUCUGCCCGUCCGAGCCGGGAGUCCGGAACGCCGGCACGGGCUCUGCGCAGUCCUUUCGAACGAGCCCACCGCCGGAGGCUCCCAGGGAGCGGCCUCGCUCGCUCGUGGACCUGCAAACCUACGAGGACACCAAGAUCCUCGUGUCUCGCUUCCUCGAGAGCUCCAGCGGUGACCUGCCGCCCGACGUACGUCACGUGGUCAACGACAUCAAGUCUGUGAUCGCGUCGGACGAGAGGCACAUGGAGGAGGCGAUCCUCAGCGCCAGCGUCCUCGAUCAGGUGAUGGUCCAGACGCAGUCGGUGCGCACGAGCCCCCUGUCCCCAACGCGGGACGGCCGGGCUGCCGCCACGUCUCCCCGCAGCUGCGGGAACCUCAGCGAGCCGGGCCUGGAGGGCCGGCGGCAGCGAUCGGACGAGCAGAGCCGACCGCACAGCCACGUGGGCGUCCUUCGGGAAACCGUCCUGUAGCCACCCCUCGCCUGCCUUGCCCGCCACCUUAGCCCUCCCCCCACCUCGCCUGCCCUCCAAUCAUCUCUCGUCUCCUCACCUCUCCUGCCCUUCCCUGCUCUCUCCCAUCCCCUCGCAUCCCAUCUCAUUCCACCCCCUUGCCUCGCCUCAAAUCCCCUCGCCUGCCCUUAUCUCCCUUGCCCAAACGCUGCUCUGUCCUUCCCUUCGCAUCCCAUCCCAACCUCUUCCCCUCAGCCCCUCAGCCCCUCCGCUCCCAGCCCCUCGCCCGUGCCCAUUGCCUUGCCAUGUCUCGGCACAGCUGCCUACUCGAGAAGCGACCGGUGGCUUUGUCGUCUUGCCAUGACUUUCGCGGUGCUGUGCACUUGUUGUUGUUGUUGUUUAUUUUCCUUCACUCAUGCGCACGCAAAAAAAAUACGGAUUGUGGUAAAUAUUGGAAGUGCUUAUACGGAAGGUGCUGCCCCGGUGUUGAUUGUCUUUCUAAGCAUCGACUUUCGAGUGCAUUCGUUGCCGCUCUCCUACAGUCGACGUGCCAACAGCUGAUCGCAGUCCGAAAAGUCCAGUACACGUCACGUAAUAGGAAGCUAAUACAUGUGUUUGAUUCGUUGAUGUUUACUUUUUCAGGUGCACGCUAAAAAGUAAGCAUCAUGGCUGUGCUCGGAAAAGAACCGUUUAUUUUGUUUCUAUUUGAAUUUUAUCAAAUUAGUGUAUGAUACGCGCUACAUUUUCUGAUAAGUGUAACACAAAAGAUUUGGAUAACAUUGGCACAAAUUUCCAGUGGUAAUCUUUGUGGUCCCUGAGAAAGGACGCACAGACAGUACACGUUACUCAACUGAAGCAGCCCCAUCAUCCCAAUAAUACAUGCACGCACACGUACACGCUUGAUGAAUGGCAACAGGUUACUAUGCCUGCAGGGGAGGCAUGCCUAAGAAACACUUAAUUCAUUAUCGGUCGAGCAGUACAAUUUCUUGAUGUCAACAACGGAGGUGUUUGUGCAAGUGGAACCCACGAUUCAACCGAGUCCCGUUUUGCACACCUGCUCGGAAACCAAGGUGCUUCUCACGACGCCUACAUAACGCACACGGUCGCCGAUUGGGCCCGUAAUGUUGUUGUCUUGGCAUAUGAUGCUUCUGAAGCUUGACAUGUAUAAGUCUUCGGCUCGUAGCAGUCUGGAUGCUGCCGUGGUAUAAUGGUUAGCACACAACCCAGAGGGGUCGCCCGUUCAAUUCCAUCUGCCAGCGCGGUAGUUGAAACGCGCGCUAAAAACGGCAUAAUUAUGAUGAAGUGUCACCCACUGCUCUGUUUUGGUUUUUGCCGAGACCUCCAAUGAUAAUUAGGAAUAGGACCGAUGCAAAUAAUUGCCCAUCAGGUUUAUAAAUUAUAUAUUUGGGGUGUAAUAGGUUGCAGGACAUGCAGUGGAAAUGCGAUGCCAUGAGAAAGUGCUCCCAUCUAUUGCUGGGAGCACGUCUGUUGGUUCUGAAGUAUUUUAUAUCGUCGAAUGCGUGUUUGUGACGCAUUGAAAUUGAAGUGCUGCAGAUACUGUGGUGUGAGAGUGAAAUGUUACAUCUUUUUUCAAUUAUGCCUACUGACACCACAUCAAGCGCCUGGAUCAUUUUUUUGUGGUUUGCAUUCAAUGAGAUUCAUGUACGCUCGGGAUGUCCCCCGAUUUGCCGAUAAUUUGGGAGUACAGAGCCUUGACGCGAAAUGUCAGACGAUCCGAAAAACUAGACGUCACGUCCACGCUCUUGCCGCCUAAAAGCAAUGCCACGUGGCAUGGUGUGAGACGUCCCUAUCGUUAGUGUGAAUACUUGGUAUGUAAUAAGUAAAUUAUUCGAACAUUUGGAAAAGAUUCGAAAUUAUUCUUCAAUUAAGCUAAAAUGUGAAACUCAUCACUCAUAUACAGGACGUAAACAUAAGAGUUUUUCUCUUGCUACCUGAUUGGUUAAAGCAAGUAAGGUGACCAGUUAUUUACAUUUCACAAUAUUACCAAGAUAAAUUCAACUUAACGUCCUAUCCUCCUAACAGCAGAUUAUGUGCAUCCGUUGUAUAUUUAUUACGCAUCCAAAUAUUCCUCAGCAUUCGGUGGCAUCUAAACAGCCAAUGUGUGGGUCAUACUUCUCCAAGCGAGCGUUAGCUUCAAACUGUGCCUCGUAUUUCUCCGUGAGAUUAUUCUAAAUCUGUGUUUGUGCCCGUUUUGCGCAAUCGUGGUGAAAUAUUGUCUGCGGGAUAAAAAUGCCGCGGCAAAUCCCCAAUCUCGGUAACAUAAAUUAUUAUUAGAUAAUAGUAUAACAAUAUUAUUAUCUAAUAAUAAUUUAUUGCCAUUGCCUUCCCAAUGCAGCCGCGAUUCGUACAACAGCAGUGCGUGCACGCGUUCACUUUAUUAAUCUGCAAAAAACAAACCCGUUGCUUCCACGCAGUAAAACACUUUGUUCAUCGCUUCAUUUAAAAACGGGCAGCAGAGUUUUUUUUCUUUGCAGUCGCUGCAGCAAAAGAAACCACGUGCGAAAAUGCUGUUCGUUAUCAUUCACCGUACCUUGAUAAUGAGAAACUUGCCCAACCCAGGUGUUAAACAGAAACAUCACUUCAUCAUCACGAAUAUCCUGCCUUUUCGCCUGCAGAACUACAUUAUUUGGCCUUUAGGAAGGGUGCAUUAACAUAUUAAUGGCAUCUUGCUCAUCGGUAAGACUCCAUUUCAAUUCUAUGGUUUCGGAAGGCAUAUUGUCCUUGGUGUAAUCGUGAGUCAGCUCGGUGGGGGGGGGGGGGCAGUUUGUUAUGUUGGCUCACUUCCAAUGAUGGGACUAGUGUGUUCAUGUGCACACAGCCCCAUCGGUGAGCUCCUUCAGCAGGUGAGGCUGCAUUGACUGGGUCAUGUAACCCGCAUGCCCAGCCACAGAAGGCUAAAAGAAGCUUCUGUUUGUCUGAAUUGAGAGGGAUAAACGGACGUGGCAUGGGCUAGAGAACAGAUGAACUGAUACGGUACAGAUGGAUGUGGAUCUGAUUGGACUUGCCGAUGGCUGGUAUCAGCUAUGUCAAGAUCAGCCUCUGUGGAGGAGGCUCGUGAAGGACGCUGCUUCCGGGCAGUUGGAAGCAGUCGCCCUCCAGCAACAACAACGGGGGGCGGAGGAGCGGCCUUCACAACAACGAGGUGGCACAGUGGGGAGCAGAGGUGGUGCAUCCGCCAGCCAUCUCAAGUCAGUCAACCCACGGCACCUGGGUCAUGUCCCGUGACCUACCAGCAGCGAGCCUUGGACACUUCACGUCGCCUCUUGGUGCACCUAGCCUGGCCCAAGCGCAGUGGCCAACGGCGGUUGUUAUUGCCGUUCGUGGGACAAUUGGCACACGGCUGCUUGGCUUGCGCGUGUGAGGGGCGCUCUCGGAGGAAGGAGAACGGAGUGCGACCGGCGCGUACUGAACACAAAGGAUAAUGAGAACAACAGAACAAAUGGCAAAGGAAGCGACGGAGAACAACGACAACAACACACGUGUUGUUUACGCAAAGAGCUUUGCACUACAAGGCCGUCACAUAUUUGCAAUACACCCGACUGUUGUAACACACCCGGUCAUGUCUAAAAUAUGUUUUUUUUUGGUCACUGCAUUUGACCAUCCGUCUAAUUUAUUGUGUCGGUGGGUUUCACAAAGGUAAUGGCGUGUAUUGCAUUAUUUUGUCUCUUGGUUAUGCCUUCUUUACGUGACUUUGUUUCGCUCUCAGACUGAGCUAUUGUACACAGACACACACGUUUAACAUACUCCUGUUUGUGCGGUUGUAUAUUAAUGUACAUAUGUUUUUUUUGAGAAGUGUCAAGUAUGCUAAUGUUUAGAAGGUCCUUGCCCCGGAAGGGAGUGAGUGUGCCAUUGGACAUGCUGGUUAUUACCUCUGAGGACCAAAUUGUGCCGAUAAUUGAUCCGUCUCGCCUGCAGGAAAAAACAAACAACAAAGACGUGUUUACACCAACUGCAGCUUCUGUUGAUUGUGUAUAAUUAGAAUAAGUGUUGCAAAAAACAUGGACACUUUGUACAUACGCUGUGUUUAUUGUUGUUACAUGUUGUCGACUGUAAAUACAAUUUGACAGCUGCUGAAAAUGUUGGUUUUUGUAACAAUCAUGCUGCUUAAACAGUGACUUCUUUG